CGGACUUAAAAAUAAACAAAAAUAAGAUGAAUAGAAGAAAGAAUUAAAAAAGAUGAAGUCCACAUGGAUGCCUUACCAGUCUCAUAUCUAUAAAAUGCAAAGGAUGUUGAUGCAUGAAAAUCACAAUUUUAAGACUAGCACAAAAGAAGAAGCAAACUUACUGAACUAAAGUGUUCAGUGUAGAGAGAGAGAGAUGGCUAAUGCUGUAGAACAAUCCUCAUUGUAUCCAUCCUUCGUAGACGCAAGAAUCUCGUUCUCCAAUGAUUUUGCAGACAGUGAUAGUAAACAUACGGCAUCAAGAGCAGAUGGUCAGAUGAAGUACAAGGAAGCUCCUGUUUCUUCGGAUUUCAAAUUCAAUGUCGAAAACUUCGGUUUCACUUCUGCGGCUGAUGAGAUCUUCUUUGGUGGAGUUUUGUUGCCACUUGAGAAGACUACUCAGAGGAAAGUGACGACACUUAGAGAUGAAUUAAGUGCUCAAGAUUCUGACCGUACCAUCUCAUCAAAGGGAUCUCGUAACUGGUGGAAAUUAGGUCUCAACAAGUCCAAGAAAAUCCAUUCCAACAACUUCCAUCUUCCACACAAAUCUCAGAAUUGUCUUGCAAGUAUACUGGAAUCUGAUGACUGAAAGAUCGACUCCGGAAAAAGUCAGCUAACUACGGCGAACAAGAUAUGUAAUGCUAAUAAAAAUUAUUUUCGAUUUUUUAUUGUUCUUAUUUUUCCUGUCUUUCUUUGAGUUCUCUCUAAUUUUUAUGUAGUUUUUUUAUGACCUAUAAUCAUCGUUAGCCAUAUCUCCCUCUAUUGUAGAAAAACCACUUGAAUGCAACUGGUUCAGUAUUCUAUAUUCUCUGGUUAACACGUAACUGAUUAAUUAUCAG